UCAUCUCAUCUCAUCUCACUCAUCUCAUCUCAUCUCACUCAUCUCAUCUCAUCUCACCUCACACGUGUCAUACCUUAACCUUAUAACUCAAAACUAUCAAUGACCUCAAAAUGCAACCCUCAACCCCUCUAAUCCUUCCAAAAUCUCAUCCCGACCCUGCCAAAUUCCAAACCCUCCUCAACCGCUACAAAUCCUUCCGCCUCUCAUCCCUCCUCCUCUCUCCAUCCUGCUUCGGCUCAACCCACGCCCGCGAAGUAGUCUACCCCCCAGAAAAAUGGAUAUCCCGCCUCACAGACCCGCUCGCGACAACGAUAGUCAUCUACAAGGACGCCUCUCCGGCCGGCAUUCCCACAAGCGUUGACUCGGCUACGUCCACCGCCUCAUCACCAUUUCUCACCGAUAAAAAUUCGCUCCUAGACAACGCUCUCACCGCAGAAUGGCUAGCAACACUAACGAUAAACGGCCCCCUCGACCCGCAAACCCUCACAACAUCCCUCCACCUGGAUCCCACCCUCGUAGACUUUGGCCCAACUCACCAAACAUCACCAGACGCCCCUCUAAAGCAAUACGUCAUAAACGGCAUGUUCGUAAUACCUACCGCCCGAGGAAAGCACCUAGGCACCAAACUCCUCGAAUACGCCAAAGCCCACGUCGCAGCAAAAGUCCGAGCUCAGGGACAGAAGAAGGGAGGGGCGCGGAUCUCACUCAUCGUCGACUACGAUAACGAACCCGCUCGCAAGACGUACGAGAGAUCUGAAUUUGAGGUAGUGCAUCGGUAUUGGUUUAAAGAUUACCGUGUGGGACGAGAGUCGAGGACCGAGGCGGCGGUUAUGGUGCUUGAUCUCUAAUAAGCAUGCUCUUAUGGUCGUAGACUCUCAGCCGCGGCAUCACCAGGCUCUUUUUCUUCAGUCUAAAAAAGGCCUCGCCGUUCUGGCGAAGCGCUAGUGAGGCUGUGUUACAUUACGGAGGUUCAGUGUCUUUUUUAGGCAUGUUUUUCCUAAGGGAGGUGAAGUAACUCAAUGAGCUCACUUCGGUCUUGCUUCCUUUCUCCUUAUCAUGAGGCCUACGGGGCAGGUGGUCAAGCGGAUACGAAGGAGUCACUGCGCAGUUCCCAAUAUUGUUUUUAGUUUUUCGUUACAAGCAUGAUUUCGGUCAGAGUAGAAUGUAGAAGGGCAGCUAUCUACUACCGUCGAUGGACACAAGGAGAAUUAUCUGUUCUAAAAUGCGUAUCAUAUCACAAAUUCACUUCAUCGGAGG